AUCACAGCCGUUGAUCGCCAUUCCCUUCCUUCCUCGCCAGAAGAAAAGAGGGGUUUUAUUAGGGUUUAAGACAAAAUGAAAAUGGCUUAUUCACUCUCAAGAACCCUCUGUCGUUCAGUUUUAUCGAAUCCCACUAAAUCAUUCAUCCCCGUUUCUUCCUCAUCAUCUUAUUGCACUCAUGAGUUUAAUUCUAACGAAAAUACAGCAGCCGCUUCUGCUCAAGUGGAGGGAGAUGACGUGUCUCAACGACCCGUUUAUGUUGAUAGGCCUCUCGAAAAUGGGUUGGAUUAUGGCAUUUAUAAGGCGAUUCUUGUGGGGCAAGUGGGUCAGAAUCCAGUUCAAAAGAAACUGAGGAGUGGGAGGACUGUCACACUGCUGUCGAUAGGAACUGGAGGAAUUCGGAAUAAUCGGAGGCCUCUAGAGAAUGAAGAGCCUAAAGAUUAUGCGAAUCGGUGUGCUGUUCAGUGGCAUCGCGUUUCAAUCUAUCGAGAGAAGUUGGGAGAGGUUGCCAUUAAGCAUGUCACUCCCGGGUCAAUCUUGUAUUUAGAGGGGAAUUUGGAGACCAAAGUAUUUUCUGACCCGGUUACUGGUCUUGUUCGUCGCAUCAGAGAGGUUGCCAUUCGUCAAACAGGUAGGCUUGUGUUCCUAGGACAAGGAAACAACUCUCAAAAAUCCCUUCCGGGUGAAGUGAAAGGAGUUGGUUAUUUCUGAAAGCGGGAUUAGAACUUCCAUAACGUUUUUUUUUUAAAAAGAAAAAUGCAAUUUCUGUAAUUAUUAUCAGACAAUACAUUGCCCUUCAUUGUUUGAUUCUCACAGUUGAUAUUCGACUUUGGUUGUUUGGUUGUUACUGCAAACGUAAUAUCUGUUGGAUAUUAUUCUGUCGUGAUAGUUUUCUGCUUGAUAGUAGGAUCAUUUGGAAAAUAGUUUUCUGCUUGAUAGUAGGAUCAUUUGGAAUGUAUCUCAUCAUUUCAUGAUUUUUUAACCUUGGAUGGUUAUAUUUUCAGUUGAUAUAUUUAAUUUGUUUCA